AUCUACUGCAUGCACCCAGAGUUGUACUACGUUGAACUGUGAAUCCUGUAUACACUGUCAUCUUUCUCCUGUCCUGAGAUACGUACUUGAGAUCAAAAGAUCCAGUUGCCUUGAACUAUGGCCUCUCCCCAUCGGCACGAGCGAUUCUAUCUUGGAGACGGAACUGUCGUUUUUCAGGUGGAAGACGUGCUCUUCAAGGUCCACAGUUACUUCUUUGAGCAUUACUCAAAAGGUUUCCACGACAUGUUCCUGUGCCAACCUACCGAAGGAGUGCCCCUAGAAGGGAGCGCCGAUUGCGUGCCCAUCGUACUUGAGCAGACCAGUGCGUUGGAUUUCGAGCGGCUAUUGCAGGUGUUUUAUCCAGAUGCGUUUCAUGCCUGGCAGCUAGGAGCCACAGACGAAUGGAUCUCCGUUCUUCGUCUCGCACACAGAUGGCAGUUCGACAGCAUUGUGAAACUCGCAGCGGACUGGCUGCCUAGCUACGCUACUCUGGUAGAGCAAAUCGCUCUAGCGCGGGAGUUCAAUCUACCCAACAUCAUCAGACCUGCGGGCGUACAGCUGUGUGCUCGAGCCGAGCCUUUGUCUCUUGAGGAGACAAAGAUACUGGGUGUGGACGCCGCCCAUAUUAUAUGGUCAUUGCGCGAAGGAUAUAGGACGAAAUGGCAGAAUCAGGCGGUAUCAAUAAAGGACGAACAGAAGAUUACGGAGGCUUUCGCGGCCUUGGACAAAUCAUAGGUCGCGUGUUGUGAUGAAAUGUCAUUGUUGCUCCUUUCUUCUGUAGCAGGAUAUCUCAAAUCAUUGGCUCUGUGAUUUUGGCAC